AUGCUGCGUGCCAUCGGUGGGCUGCUGCUGCUGCUGCUUGCCCAUUUGUUGGGCGCCGAUGGCGUGACGAAGGUGAACGUGACGAUUUUUUACGAGAGCAGGUGCCCGUAUUGCACCAUGUUUCUGCGAGAGCAGUUUUCCCCCUACUGGAUUCCCUUACAGUACAACCUCAACCUCAAGUUGGUUCCGUACGGCAAAUGCGCCCUGAACAAGAUUAUGACCUGUGCGAUCAAACAUUUCCCCGGCUACAACGACGUGGUGCCCUUCGUGCUGUGCCUCCAGCACGGAUCUCCGGAAAUGCUGGACUUCUGCGCCGGACCUCUGCCGGUUGACCACGCUCGGUUGAAAACGUGUGUCGAUGGUGACGAGGGCGACCAGCUGCUGACGGAAAUGUACCAUGAAACGGAACAGUUGAUUGAUGAGCUCAAAGCGCGCAACGAAAAGUUCUAUAUCCCCUCCAUUGUGUUCGACGGUAACCUUAAGGUUGGAGCGGACACGAAGUUCGGUAGGGAAGUAUGCAGGAGGCUGACCGUCGCCGAGCAAAAUAACCUCUGCGAUUGGUACGAAUGCAACGGACAAGUACAAAGGCCCAAAGUGUUAUUCGCCGUGCUCGUUCUGGUCGUCGUCGCCGGUCUAAAGUCCAUGUCACUGCUCAGCUGA